GUGCAAUUUCCAUCGAUGAGCACUGAUCACAAGUGCCCAUUCCAAGUGGACGUGUACUGUAGUGGUGGUCGAACACCACUGAUGGUUGCCGCGGCAAAUGCGAAUAUACCAAUGGUUAAGUGCGCUGAACGAGGCAUGCCGGGUGGGGUGUGCGCCCCUGGUGCAGCUACUCUUCCAGAACGGAGCAAUCGACCACGAGAACGUCGCGUUGGCGACUGCUGUGAAAGUCUGUAUUUGUUACUGGAUUUAAUUGCUUAUUAUCGAGUCAACAAGAAAGGAAUCGAUUUUGGACAAAUGACAAUCAAUCGAAAUCUUUUGCCAUCAACAGUAUUUCCGACGACAUCGUGCAUGUUGAACUGGCAUAAUGCGAGUUUAUCGGUCAUAGCUAAUGAAUGGUUACUAUCCGCAUGCUUACAACUAAAUCAACGACUCAGAACGUCGAGGAUGGCCUUGUCAGCGUUGACACGGAUUGAUAUCUCAUCAAAUCAGCUGAUAAAAUUGAACAGUUCAUUACUGCAACUACAAUCGCUGCGAAAUUUGAAUGCGGCAAAUAACGUGAUUGAAUUCAUCGAAAUGGAAUCGGACGAUUGGAAUGCACCAAUGCUGGAAAGUUUGUCAUUGGAACAUAACAAGAUCAAGUGCUUACCACCGCAGAUUUUUUCGUCGCGACUACCAAAUUUGAGCAUGUUAGACGUAUCACACAAUCAGUUGAUUAGUCUCCCGGAAACUCUGUGGUUAGCUCCGAGACUGCGUGAACUGAACGCGUCGAAUAAUUUGUUAAUGGCCAUACCACAGUCUGCGAGAGUAAGCUCGCACCCACCAUCCGUCGUCGGAGUACCCUCGUCCGGAUCGCAUGCCUCUUCGAUUGUAUCGACAGUGUCAUCAUCGCGCACAAAUUCGGUAUCAUCGCAGAAAUCCGCAACACCGAAUCGUCAUCACCCAGUGCAGGAACAUACGAAUCUGAUGAAUAAUUUGAUAAAUUCAUCGAGUAAUUUCACUGCUAGUGCUAACAAUAGCUAUAAUAAUAAUUAUAACAAUGGCGUGGUCGGGGGUACAAGUGCGGGCUCGAUAUGCGGUGAAUCACGCACAUUCCAUUCAACUAUCUCAACUGAAGAUUCGUUGAGUAUUAACGGACGAAUGGAUGAUCCGAAUAUUCAAAUACAUGAACUGAAAAGACAUAAUCUGUGGCAAGCCAGUGUGCGAUUAGCACGUUCAGAUGAAUCCGAUACUGAAGGCGGUACGAUAAUAUCAUCGUCAACGUUGAGCAUUUUGAAUCUUUCACAUAACAAUUUGAAAGUAUUACCGCCAUGUCUGGCUUGCUGUUGUCCAAGACUGGCACGUUUGAACGUCGCUUAUAACAAGUUGACAUCGCUGGGAGCUAUAGAGUGUCUCCCGUCAAGGCUGAGACAUUUGGACGUGUCGAAUAAUCAGCUGGUUUGUGCGUUUCAAAAGGUGAACAAUGCGCAACUGAUAUGCCAUGCGACGAGCAGUGCUAGUGGCACGUCGAUUUCGAACGGAAUGUCACAACUGAUACGACAGUCGAGUCCGACCAGGAACCCAAGUGGGACUUGCUUGAUUGAUUUGUUGACUUGA